AUGGCAAAAAAAUCCUAACCAUAAGUGGAUUUAUCGUGGGUAGUCCCCAAUGCCUUGUGCUGGCAAGAUCUCGACAAUAAGGAUCCUAUGUUUUCACCAGCUCUCGUAAUAAGUUCGGAUGGCAAAAUAAUCACGAUUAAGUUGGAAUCUGGCGGGUAGAUAUAAUGCAAACCAACACAAGUGCUAGAAAGAGCAGAUCCAACCAUAUUAGGAAACAAAGGCUUUGAUGACAUGGUAAAUAUGGAAAUUCUUAAUGAUGCAGAAUUACUAAAUAAUUUAAUUUAUAGAUUUGGGAAGGAUAUAAUUUUCACCUAUGUGGGUCCUACAUUGUUAGUCAUAAAUCCAUUCAAAUCGAUUCAAGGUCUAAUGAGUGCAGAUAUUAGAAAUUAAUAUAUAGAUGAUAUCGUUAAAAAGAAUCGGCUUAUUAAAGAUCUACCUCCUCAUGUUUAUGCAAUUGCAGCACAGGCCUAUAGACAAUUAUUUGAGAAUGAAAAGAAUUAAGCAAUUGUUAUAUCUGGAGAAAGUGGUGCUGGUAAAACUGAGAAUGCCAAGUUUUCUAUGAAUUUGCUAACUUCUAUUGCGUCAGAUGGCUCAUCAAAAGAUAAGAUAGAAGAUUAAAUUCUAGGAUGCAAUCCCAUUUUAGAAGCAUUUGGUAAUGCAAAGACUGUGAGGAAUAACAAUUCAUCAAGAUUCGGAAAGUACGUUAGAAUCAUUGUUGACAGUAAAAGCAAAUAAAUUAAGGGGGCAGAAAUUAUCAAUUAUUUGAUGGAGAAGUCAAGAAUUAAUCAAUAAGGUAAAAAUGAAAGAAAUUUUCAUAUUUUUUAUUUCUUUUUACAAGGAUUACCAGAAGAAUUAUUGAAUAAAUUUGGAGUAACUAUGAAGAUGGAAGAAUUCAAUUAUCUCAAUUCCUCAAAAACAUAUACAAUCCCAAAUGUUGACGACGCUGAAAUGUUCAAGGAAAUAUAAGAAAGCUUUUCCAUCUUAGGAAUGCAGGCUGAUUUUGAAAACAUCGUCUAAACAGUACUUGCAGUGUUACAUCUUGGAAAUCUUGAAUUUAACGCAAGCACUCUUACAGACACUUAGCCAGCUUCAGUCACUGAGAGCUUAGCAGAACGAUUACUCGAGUUGUCUAAUUAACAACUAUCUUAGGCUUUGACUCUUAAAUCAAGAGUAAUCAAUAAACAGACCAUCUUGUCUCCAUUGACACUUGAUGAAUGUUAAUUCACUAGAGAUUCAUUGGCAAAGGACAUUUAUGAUAGAUUAUUUAAUUGGUUAGUUAUUCAAUUAAAUAAAGUCUUAAAACCUAAAGUUGAGUCAAAGACAUCUGUGGGAUUGCUUGAUAUUUAUGGGUUUGAAGUUUUUGAUAAAAAUGGGUUCGAAUAGAUCAUGAUCAAUUAUACAAAUGAAAAGUUACAUUAACUUUAUAUUCAAUAUGUAUUUAAGGAAGAGGAGAAGAUCUUCAUAGAGGAAGGUCUAAAGGACCACUUGGGAUAAUUGGAGUUUUAGGAUAAUACUUAAGUAAUUGAAUUGAUUGAUAAAUAACCUGGAGGAAUAUUCAGUAUUUUAGAUGAAUCUUGUUCUGUGAAAUCAUCUGAUGAUGGGUUUCUAUAAAAAAUAAGAACUGUCCAUAAAUCAAAUCCAUUAGUAAAAACACCUAAGAUGCCAAGUGAUCCUGCAUUUAUAUUAGUGCAUACAGCAAAGGAUGUAUGUUAUACAGUAACAGGAUUUAGAGAAAAAAACAAAGAUGAAAUGAGUGCUUAAACUAUUUCAAUGAUUAGUCAAACUUAGAAUCCUCUAUUAAAAUAGUUGUAUAUAAUGGAGGGAAUGAAAGAAAAGUUUAUAUCAUAGAAGAUAAAGAAAGAGAUGAUUGAAUUGAUGACUGAAUUGCACUAAUGUGAUGUUCAUUUCAUAAGGUGUAUAAAACCAAAUGAAAGCAAGUUGCCUAAUUAAGUAUUUUCUGAAAUGACCCUUAAAUAAAUUAGAUAUCUAGGUGUUUUAGAUUCCUUAAAGGUUCGGAAAGAAUCUUACAGUAUUCGGAGGCCAUAUUAAUUUUUUUAUAAAAGAUAUGCUGACAUGACAAGAAACGAAAUUUAUGGUAAAUUGAUAAAAAAGCCAGAUAUUAAUUUUAGACAAUUGGUCGUAGAUAUGUUUAAACAACACAUGCCUCAUAUUGAUUCAAAGUAAGUAUUGUUUGGAAGGACAAAGAUCUUCAUUCGUAAUACAGGAUUACAAAUGAUAGAAGAUUCAUAUAAUAAAAUUGUGACUCUCAAACAUUAAAGAGCAGCUAAGUUGUAAAGAUCAUAUAAAAUCUAUAAGAUGAAUCAGCAUCUCAAAAAGAUGAUGAGAAUUGCUUUGACACUUCGCACUUUAGCAUAAAGAAUUCGUUUUAAGGUAUUAGUCAGAAAAAGAGUAAAAGCAGCUUCAAUCAUAUAAGCUUGGUAUAAGAAAUUGCAUGAGAGAAGAUUAAGAUAAAAAUAUGAGAAAUCAGCAUUACAUUUGAAGUUGUAUUUUGAAAGAUAUAAUGUACUUAGAGAAGUAGCAAGAAAGAAAUUAGCUAUUAGUAAAAUACAGAAAUUUGGUAGAUAUGUAGUACAAUCAAAGCAAGAGAGGAAAGUGAGGGAAAUCAAAAAUGUAUUUUAAAAAAUCAUAGAUGAUGCUUGGUAAAUGAUCUUGAUCAAGAAGGCUGUUAUGAUAUAAUCUAAUUUUAGGGGAAACUAAGUUAGAAAAAAAAAUAAGAAGUAAGUUCAUCAAAUAAAGAAUGCAGGGAGAAAAAUUAAAAUGGAAGGUUCAGUUAUAAAAGUGUAAGCAGCAAUCAGAAGAUUCAUAGCUAGAAGCCAAUUUAGAAGAGCUCAUGAUGCUGCUUAUUUAAUCCAAGGUUAUUUCAGAAUGAAAUUGCUCUCAACAAUGUUUCAAAGAAUGAGAGCAGCUGCAAGAAGUGUUUAAAAGUUUGCCAGAAUCUAUCUUUAGAAGUAAAUGGCCUAUAAAAAGAAUUAUGAAUCUUUUGUGUUGCCUUGGGAAAAAAAUGUUUAGCAGUAAAAGCAUGACGCUUCCAAUUUAUGGAAUUUAACUAAUGAAAACAUUGAGAAUGAGGAUAUUCAACCGUUAUUAGAGACAUGUCUCAUACAAUGGAGACCAAGAUUACCAAAGAUUGCAUUAUUUUCUGUGCCUAUUGAUAUUGAUAUACUUUCUGAUAUCUAUUAGUGUUACAAUCCAAAUUAUUCCUAUUCAAGAACAUUGCUAAAUAUUAUUAUUCAAUAAUUUAGAAAGGAUCAUCCAAUUUAAACAUACUUCACUACUGAAGAGAGUACUUUAUGUGUCACUUUGGGUGGAACUGCUAUUUUUGAAUUUGGUAGUGGACAAUUGAUUUUAAAUAAAGAUACUUUUGAAACUGUGGAGAAGAACAUAUUUCCAGAUUUCAUUCGAAUCAAGUCCAUUAGUUGUAGUGAUCAAUUCAUUUUAGUAACUACUGCAGAUGGUUCUUUACUGUAAUAUGGCGAUUAAUAUAAACAGAUAAAAUACAAACCACAUUAUGUUAAUAAAGAAUGCUCAAUGUCAUCCAAGAAAUAUAUUAUAAGUGAUAACAAAGUGUUUUCAUUAUCUAAUCUAAAUGUUCAUAUACCAAUCAAAUAGAAAGCUAAAAUGAUAUCAUGUGGAAAUCAAUUUGUUGUUACAUUAUGUGAAAGUGGGCAAUUGUAUUCAUGGGGAGAAAAUUAUGAGGGAGAAUUAGGAUUGGGCGAUCGUAGAUAUAGACAUGAGCCUUGUUUGAUCAACGUGGAAAAGGUUUUGUAGGUUUGUUGUGGUUUUAAGCAUGUUAUUGCAAAGACCAGAAGUAAAAUUUACACUUGGGGAUGGGGUGAGCGAGGUCAACUUGGUAAUUCUGAAUUGAAAAAUGAGAUUUUGCCAAAACCAUUGAAUAUUUCAGCAUUGUGGGUUUCUGCAGGAAGGACUAGUUCUAGCAUUAUUACAAAUGAUCGGAUAAUAAUGUAAUGUGGUACUAAUUCUCUAUUAAAUCACCAAGAGAAGUUUGAACCCGUAACAUUGAGUUUCGCAUUAAAUUCAAUGAUUCCUAUAAGAAUAAUAUCAACUUGGUCAAAAACCAUUGAAAUAACUUAUGUUACUUUUGCUAAUACAAUUUCAUUGCCAGAAAAUUAGUUGUCUAAAUCCUUAAAAAUUCUAAAUCACUUAAACUAGAUCUGGUCAGAAAGCAGCGAUCCGCAUUCCAUCGAUCCACCAUUUAAUUAAUCUAUCAGCAAUUAUUUAUAUGAAGCAUCGAUGAGAAAGUCGAAUCAAUUCAAUAAAUAAUAGAUUAAAAAUCAUUUCAAAUUAUAAAAAGAAAUGCUUUACAUUGAAGACGAUAGAGAUUGGGCGAUGAGAAAGAAAGUUUUAGUAGAAGACAUUAUAUCUCAUUAAAGGACUGUUACUAAAACAGACAAACUAAAAGCAGUCAGAUAACGAUUCCUCGAUUUGAUGACGAAAAGCGAGGAUUAAUUGACAAACGAUGAUAAAGCCUUUAUUAAUUAGAUUUAGAAUAAUGAGAAAAUUUAAGCUUUACUAAAGAGUAUAGAAUAAUGA